AUGUUUUUUUUCCGGCUAUACAACCAAAUUGAAGAGCUCAACAAUUUCUCCGGCUAGACAAUCAUUGUUUAGUUGUAAAACAGUUGAUAGAAUUGUAUGUACAAUAAGCUAUUGCUCCAAAUAAUCUAGAACUGAAGGGUGCACUUGUGCUUUGGAUUAAACUGAUAGUUUUCCACUAUAUGAUGCUGCAGGGUGAAGUAUGAAAAGUUCUAUACUCUGAAGAAUUAACUUAGAACACACUCAGUACACUUGUACAAUUAUGUGGCUGCUUUUUGACUGAAGAGUAAAAUAAUUGUUUUUACCAAGUCCUUGUUAGUAUCAAGUAGUGCCUUGCUGUUACUGCUGAUGUUCAAGAACUGAAAAGUGCAAUUUCAGGUAGCCUACAAUCUGAACAAUGUUUGUACAAAGUGUACCUUUUAUCAUUGCUGAUUUGUAACACAAAAGUACUAACUGUUUGUGAAAAAGUGUGCAAUAAUUCUUGUUGGGACAAUAUUGUUUGUACAACGCUAUUGCUGAGACUGGACUGAAGAGAAGUGCAAUUGUUUGUAUAAAGUAUAUAAACGGCACCAUUGCUGUUGCUGCUGAUCCAUAACGCGAGAGUACCAACUGUUUGUACAAAGGUGUACAAUUAUUGUUGGGACAAUAUUGUUUGUGAAAUGCUAUAUUGCUGAGAUUAGACUAAAGAGUAGUGCAUAUUGUUGGUACAAAAUAGAGCGUCGCUAGGAUGAUACUGAGAGGUUGGCAAAGACGUCGUCGACGGCGUAUCCUGCCAAUGCUACUCUUCAACAUAAUGCACUUCACCUAUGAUUUCAUCAAUCAGGCUGACUUCCUAAUUGGAAUAGCCAACCAGGGCCCAAUCCUGGAAGCACUAACUCUGGGUAACGGCACAUCUGCGUCGCGGGAAGAUUGCAUAUGGCGUCGCGGCGCCGAUGCUGAUCCCUGCCCCGAUCCAGAUGUCAGGCUGCUGCUCUACUCCAAAAGAGGGGUGGAAGAGGUUCGAGUAGAGGUGGGGGUAGGAAAAGGGGGGUGGCUACACUCUUCAGCAUUCGACCCCACCCUCGAUUCCGUGGUUCUCGUUCACGGAUAUGCCGGUCUAUCUGAUACUCUGCCAGUCGGUGUUCUCAGAGACGCCUACCUGCGCAAUGGCAGCUAUAACGUGUUUGCGGUGGACUGGGGCGCAUUGGCGCGCAUUCCCUGCUACGGUGCGGCAGUUCACAACAUGCACGCCGUGGCGCGCUGUUUGGCGCAAAUGUUGGCCUAUCUGCGUGACUCGGGUGUGCCUGUGCAGCGCACCGCAUGCGUCGGUCACAGCCUGGGCGCACACGUGUGCGGUCUCGCCGCCAACCAUGUCAACUUCCGCAUGCACAAGAUCAUCGGCCUAGACCCUGCUCGCCCUCUGAUCCGUAGUCAGAGCCGCAGUAGACUGGAUGCAAGUGACGCAGACGUCGUUCAGGUGAUCCACACGAGCUCGUCGUUUGGCGACGUCCGUCAGAUGGGUCACGUCGACUUCUGCGUCAACGGCGGACGUGUGCAGCCCUUCUGCUACAACACUACUAACGAAGCCCUGUGCAGUCACAUCAGAAGCGUUUGCUACAUGGCUGAGACGCUGACACCUUACUCACGUAUGGCUGUGCCGUGUGCCAGGAGAUGUGCCAUUGUGGACCGAAGCAGUCAGUUCUUCGACAGGCAUGCACCUCCUGUACCUAUGGGCCAUGGCACACCUAACAGUGCCAGUGGUACAUUCUGUGUAGUCAACAAGGAUGCUCCGUACUGUCCAAGCUCUAAGCAUCCCAUUGGAAGUCCUCUAUGUUGUGUACCGCCGAAAAUGCCCAACGAUAUACCUACAUAAAUUCAUAGAACUUUAAUAAACCAAUCUACUAUUUAUUUCAACCAAUUAGUAAAAACUCUGACAUCUGAAUCUCCAUUUGACCAUAGAGGUACCUAAGUUUACUCAGUACAAAUUAUCUCAUAAUUACUUGAGUAUAUCUCAUAAUUAUUCUCCGAGAUGAAAAGUUUAUUAUGGUGGUAUAGUAGGCUACUUGAGAAUAUCUUAUAUUACUCCUUGAGCUGAAUUAUUAUAAUGGAGUAUAUUUCAAGAUGAUGAUUAUCACGGUACCUCGGAGGCAUUACCUCGGUACCUCGGCAGAAAUACAGCCGUGAUUCCAUUGUUACAUUGUACGUUGAAUAUAGUAAGUUAUAAUUUAUUGUCUUCUCUUGUCAUUAUGAUAUAGGCCCAUGUGUAAAAGUUGAGUGAAGCUGGAAAUAAAGAUUUAUUUUUUAAGCAAUA